GUAACAGUCAGAGUCCACCAGCUGACACUUGCAGAGCCAAACACCAGCCUGUGAAAAACUAAGAAGAAAUCUGAGGACUAAAAUACUUCUUCACAGUAAACGGUUUCCUUAACCAAGGACACACACUAAGAGAGCAAGUAUGGGCUGUAUGAAGUCCACGCUGAGCGAAGGUCUGAGCGGAGGUGUGGAGGGGAAGAUCAGCCAGCAGACUGUACGUACCGACCACACGCACUAUGUCAGAGACCCCACCUCCAAUACAAAAAACAACAUAGAUAACUCCCUGUUACCUGGUCAGGUAUUCCAAAAGAUGGAAGAGCACAGGGGGGUUGGUAAGAUUGUGGUCAGCCUCUACCCGUAUGAAGCUGUGCAUCCUGACGAUUUAGGAUUCAAGAAAGGAGAAAAGAUGAAAAUCUUAGAGGAACGUGGGGAGUGGUGGAAAGCCAUGUCAUUGACCACCAACAAAGAAGGAUUCAUCCCGUGCAAUUAUGUUGCUCAAGCUGACACCAUCGAAACAGAAGACUGGUUUUUCAAGGACAUCACGAGAAAGGAUGCAGAGAGGCAGCUGUUGGCGCCUGCAAACAAACCAGGCUCUUAUCUUAUCAGGGAAAGUGAAACAUCAAAAGGCAGUUACUCAUUGUCCAUCAGAGACGAGGACGCCAAGGGGACAGAUUCGAUCAAACAUUAUAAGAUCAGGACGAUUGAUAAUGGUGGUUACUACAUCUCCCCUAAAAUCUCCUUCAAUGACAUCGGCGCCAUGAUCAAACACUACCACAACAAAGCGGAUGGCCUGUGUCGUAAACUUGACCGUGCGUGUGUGAAACCCAAAGCUCAGAAGCCGUGGGAUAAAGAUGCCUGGGAGAUUUCCAAAGAUUCUAUUAAGAUGGUGAAGAAACUCGGAGCGGGUCAGUUUGGAGAAGUCUGGAUGGCUUACUACAACAAUGCAACCACAGUGGCGGUGAAGACUCUGAAGCCAGGCACCAUGACGGUCGAAGCCUUCAUGGAAGAAGCCAACAUCAUGAAGACACUGCAGCACGACAGGCUGGUGCGGCUCUACGCUGUGGUCACCAGGUUACAACCCAUCUAUAUCAUCACAGAAUUUAUGGCAAAUGGGAGCCUACUAGACUUCUUAAAGAGCGACGAAGGAUGCAAACUGCAACUACCCAAGCUCAUCGAUUUCUCAGCGCAGAUAGCAGAGGGCAUGGCCUACAUAGAGAAGAGGAAUUAUAUUCACAGAGACCUGAGAGCAGCGAAUGUCCUCGUGUCAGAGAGUCUGCUCUGUAAAAUAGCUGAUUUUGGACUGGCAAGAGUCAUAGAGGACGACGAAUACUCUGCCAGAGAGGGAGCCAAAUUCCCCAUUAAGUGGACAGCUCCAGAGGCUAUCAACUACGGCACCUUCACCAUCAAGUCAGACAUGUGGUCCUUCGGAGUUCUGCUCUUCGAGAUUAUAACCUACGGGAAAAUCCCUUACCCUGGUAUGACUAAAGGAGAGGUGAUAUCCUCGGUGCAGCGUGGCUACCGGAUGCCUCAGCCUGACAACUGUCCCGAUGAGCUCUAUGCGAUCGUGAUGUCGUGCUGGAAGAACAAACCUGAAGACAGACCCACCUUCGAGUACAUGCAGAGUGUCCUGGAUGACUUCUACACCGCCACAGAGGGACAAUACCAGCAACAACCUUAGAGACGGACACUUUCAGACGAACAGAGACAUUACACAAUAAUUUCAGAUUAUGUUUAUUUUUGUAAUAUUUUGUAUAUAGGACACAUACAUGCAUACAAUGCAUUUCCUUAGUAUUUGCUUGUGAGAACACAUGCAGGUCCCAGAAUAUCCUAUAUUGUGGCUACUCAAAGUGCCAUGUGUGUAUUAAAGUACUAUAUUUUGCAUAUGCAUAUGCAUAUUUGCAUAUAUUUUAAUCUCUAAUCCAAGCAUAUAAAGGAGAUUAAUUUUGCACAAAAUUGAACAACAGAUUAGCCUUGUAUACAACAGAGAGAAAGAGUUUUAAUCAUGUUGUUUUCUUUUUACUUUUUCAUAAUAGUCUUGUGCCUAAUUGGACCAAUUACAUUUCAAUGUAUGUUUCAGAGGGACUGAACAAACAGCUGACAUUAUACAUAAGAGUUUGCAAAGGUAGGACACAAAUGAUAAUGUGUCAUUUGAUAUGAUCUUAUUUAAAUGACUGGAUUGUUCUUUGUCCUGCUCUAGAAAAAUACAUACAUGUCUGGGUUAUGUCUAUCUGUUUCACAUUUCAUGACCUUUUAUUGCAUACACUGCUUUAACAAUGGGACCACCAUCUCUGGAAAACAAAUCCUGUUAAAUAAUAGUUGAGUUGUGUUUUGUUAUAUUGAUAUCCUUGUAUUGAUAAUCUUUAAACCCACUUCACAUUGAAGUGCUGUAGCUCCUGCUUUUUUGUUUGUUUCAGGGGGUAAUGUGGAAUCUGUGAUCUUUAUCAUUUAAUUGUUUCAAAUAUGGUAUGCUAUUUUAUAAUCAAAUGUGACUUUGAAUAUGCACCGGCUUUGACAUUGGAUGGUAUACUCGAGUAAAAUAAUGCACAUUUAAAUUUAACCUAAGAUGUACUGAAGAAGGAUACCAUAUAGCCCCUGUAUGAGCUAUUUUGAACAUUAGAACCACAAUUUAUUUGUUUUUUAUGUCAUUUAAUGAGUAUUUCAGUUGUAUACUUGUUGAUAUUUGAAAUGAGAAUGUGUACAUUUUGUAUGGACUAAAGGUGCAUGUAGUAAAAUCUAUUAUGUGUUGAA